UCCAAUAUGGCUGCGCCCAUUGGUUUGGCGCAUUGUUUUGUUUUAUGAUCAAUCAGUGCCCGUAAAUUUCUUCCCUGUUAUACAAGUAUUUUACUAACACGCUCCUACGCGUUGUCUAAAGUGUGCGUUUCGCGUUAUAUUUGCGAAGUCAGUCAUGCAGAACUACUGGCGGUGAAUUUCUGAGAAAGUUAUCAUGGAAAUAGGAAAAUAAUUCCCAGCUACAUGUAUGUACCGAUUUGGACAAGUUUUCAGUUCAUCUGCACUGUGUAAAGGUCCUUGUUCCAAACCAUCCAAUAUCAUGACAUUUCAGUUGAUUUCAUAAAGUCAUGAUAGACAAAGAUGCAGUCAAAGCUUGCAUCUGACUUGAAGCCGUCUGAGACACCAAGUGCUGUGUCACUAUCUUGUGAACCACUGUUUGUUCCAUCAUUGGCUGCUCUGUCACUACUUGAUAAGGUACAGCCUUUACCACCCCCGCCACCCCCACCAUCGCCACCACCGCUAGCGGUUCAACCACCACCGCCACCGCCUGCACCACUAGCGGUUCAACCACCGCCACCGCCACCGCAGGCAGUUCAACCGCCUCCACCACCCAUACCUUUGGCCCGCCCCAGUUCAGCAAAUAAUACAGAGGUUUCUAUCUGCAGUGCCAUUCACGACCGUGUACUCCACAAGGACGUGGCUGAAAAGGCAUAUUCUCAAGUACACCAGAACUCUCUGUUAGGUGGAGAGAAUGCCCAGUCAGAUAUGUGUAGGUAUAGAUUCCUAUCAGUGUACAAUCCCUGUACUCCCAUGAUACAGAAUGGCCCCAGGUGUGGGCUGGUGGCCCUAGUAAUGGCUGCUGAACUUUUGGGACACAAGCUGUCACCUGACCAGGUAUAUCAAGAGGCUAAGACCAGGGGCUUCACCCAGCAGGGGGAGAUGUUCUCAGUGACUAACAUGGCGAGUCUGUGUGAAGGCUUGUCUGAAAUCCAGACCAGUGUUAUUGACCUGGUACAGGACCAGUGUGUCUUGAUGGCAGCAUUACUCUGUGGCAACCCCGUUCUUGUGCCCUAUGAUGCUGACAAAAAUCACCAGCCCUGUCAGAAACUCGGACACAAAGCUCACUGGACAGUACUCACGGGAUUGUUUAUGAAGGUUCGCCUGGAUACUGUUGAACAUUUGAUGAAGUCUGAAGGUAUCCAAAUGGUGGAAAGUGACAGAUUUGAAUGUUUGUACCUGAUUGGUCCUGUGACAGGGACGGCUGCAGAGUUGUUACAGGGGACAACCUCUGGGUGUAAUCCAGAAGAACUGUGGGUGUACGGCCACCAGGGGAAGAGUCAACACACUGCCCUCUGGCUGCUUAGUGAUCUGAUUCAUAGUAAUGGAAAUCUGGUGGAGGCGGACCCUGACAAACUGACCGGUCCCCAGAAGUGGGUGUUGCCAGAAGGAGGGCUGGGGGAGGGGCUUAAGGAUAAGGGCAUUGUGUUACAGAUGAGGUGAAAUAGAUGUUCAGAGUGAAGAAGUAAAGGCAUCUACACCCAAUUUUAACUGUUUACUCUGGCUUUCCUUCCCUAGAGUGAUGCCUAUAUUUCUACUUUAUUACUACUGAACCCAUGUUCAGGUUCAAGUUCAAGUUCAAGACUGAGUCUAAAAAAGAAAGAAAUGCUACUGACAAAAAUUUGUAUUAAAAAAAAAAAAACGGAAAUGUCCAAGGGCUGAUUCCACAAAGCCAUUUCUGACUUAAGUCAAACUUUUAAACCUCUUUACAUUGGUUAGUAAUUUGGAUCUGGAAGUAGAAAGUUGGACACUUUUGGCUUAAGCUAAUACUGAUGAGGUGGGCAAAAUUCUGAUUUCUAAAGCCGAAAAAUAAGCUUUAUGAUCAUAUUUCAAUUUUUUACUGAAGUCAGAAAUGGCUUUCUGGAAUCGGCACUAGGUGCCUUUGCUAAACUGUGUAGCGAUUGGUAGAUGACAUAAAAUUUUGCCAUUAAUUGAAUUUUUAGAGGCAAAUAAAUGUCACAAGAUAUUACUUUUGGUGCUCAAACUGAUGCUUUCCUGUAAGAUAUCAUUCUAUCUUCCAAAGAAACCUCAAAACACUUUUCUAAGAUCAGAAAAACUCUCAGAAUGGGGAAACAGUACAACUACAUAAUGGGCAAAAUUUUAGGUUGGAAGAGUGGAAUGAUAAUUAAGAUUUCCUGGACAACAAUAACAUGCCAAAGCAAUAAUGUCUUUCUAGUCAAACUUUCCGACUUCAAAGGGAAAGGAUUUCCAUCAACAUCAUAUAUAGUCUUUUAACUAGCAGUUGUAGAUUGAUAGCUGUGAUUGGCCAAAUUACCCAUAUUUUGAUUGUAAAAUGACUGAGUUGGAAGUUAAACCCUGAUUUUAAGUUACAGGGCAGCUUUUAAAUGUAGAUUAUUUCUAGGUUGUAUUUAUGGUUUAUUGUUUAAAUCAUUUAUUUAUUUGUACUUCCAAUUUGAUCUUCCAAAGAAAAUAAAGUAUUAUUGUUAUUGUCAAGUAUUAUUAUUGUCCCAUGUUUGAAAAAAUGAGGGAAUAUAAGGAAUGGUGUGCCCCCAGCCAUGUCAUGCCAUCCCCCCAACACCAGUUGUAACUUUUUUGUGCAACUAGAGUAGAAGGUUGUGAAAUUCAGAUUUGUUGCAAACAUUUACACCAUUGUAUAGGAGCUUGAUUUUUAUAGAAAUACCAUGUUUUGGCUGAUGUAUAGAUUUUGAACCCGUUUGGCAUGUUUUGAAAUGUCGGCAGUGUUGUGUGAUGUACGCCACUUAAUAUUAUAAACAGAAGGUUGUGAAACUGGUCUUAGAGUGAACACUUCUAACAUGUGCAAUAGCAUAGUACCUUCAUGUUGAAGGGAAAGCUAUUUUUUGUGCUUAUUUAAAAAUUGUGGACAUUGUCAAUUGUUCCAACCCUUAUUUUUGCACAAUACUGAUAUUGGUUGUGUAACUGUGUAAUCCACUUGUAGUACUCCUACAACAAAGAAAAUUGUGAAAAUGUAAUGUUUUGAAGUAAACACUUUCAACUUGUGCACAGAACCUGGACUGUGUCCAAAUUUUAGUUUCAGAUUUUUAUUUUGAUUUUUUUUUUAAACUGGACUUAUUAUCUUUGGUUUGUGUUUUUGGUUGAAUAACCUCCUCCUGUGUAACAGUCUCACUUGUAUCAUUUAAACCACAUUUUGUAUUCUCUCAUUUGUAUAAUACAUGUCGCAUAAAAUGUAACAUAUUAUUGGUUACAUAUAUAAAUCAUAAUGACCUUAGUAAAUAAUAAUGACCUUAAUAAAUACUCGCAUAAAAUGUAACAUACUAUUGGUUACACAUAAAUCAUAAUGACCUUAGUAAAUAAUAAUGACCUUAAUAAAUACCCACAUAAAAUGUAACAUACUAUUGGUUACACAUAUAAAUCAUAAUCACCUUAAUAAAUACUCGGCAGUUGCAAAACAGCUCUAUAAGGUGUGUGCAGGUCAUAAUGACCUUAGUAAAUAAUAAUGACCUCAAUAAAUACUCGCAUAAAAUGUAAAAUACUAUUGGUUACACAUAAAUCAUAAUGACCUUAAUAAAUACUCGCAUAAAAUGUAACAUUCUAUGUUACACAAAUAAAUCAUAAUGACCUUGAUAAAUACUCGGCAGUUGCAAAACAAAGUUCUAUAAGGUAUGUGCAGGUCAUAAUGACCUUAGUAAAUAAUAAUGACCUCAAUAAAUACUCGCAUAAAAUGUAAAAUACUAUUGGUUACACAUAAAUCAUAAUGACCUUAAUAAAUACUCGGCAGUUGCAAAACAAAGUUUUGUGAGGCGUGUGCAGGUCAUCAUGAAUACUGUACACAUGGAAAAGUAUUUUGUGUCCAUGGCCUACCUUGAUUUUGUAUAAACAAAAUGUUGCAUAAUUCACUGUGUUACAGUAAUAUGUCAUGUUGUGAGGCCAUUUACUCUGCCCCAGGGCCAGGUAUGUUUUCGCUGUUAAUGAUUAAAUUUUCUUAAUACUCAAUGUGGCCUUUUUUUUUUUUGUACCAAGAUUUCACA